AUGGCGGACACUGCCUCGAAGCAUCGAGCUGAGUUUGCCUUUGCUCAGCUUGAGAACGAGAGAUCUCUGACAUCUCUUCGUGACGGGCUAAGGGUAGCUCGUGGGAUUGUUGAUCGGUCUCGGGCUGAGAUAACUGCUCUUCAGACCCUUGUCGAUGCCCACCAUCGGGAGCACAAGGCUCUCUGCGAGAUGCUUGAGCGCAAGGGCGUUCUUCAUCGGAAGAAGCAGCGUACUGAUGGUACGGCUUGA